AUGCCUUCGCGUAAAGUAAUCAGCGGAACACCCUGUCCAGGUCAACAGGCAAAGCAUGCCCGAGUCGCCGGUCAAAGUUUCACCUCGGAACCACCUCACGGACUGAGCCCUUGGCAAGAACUCGAUGACACUCCGUCUCAGCUACAACCGGAAACAACCUUCCAGAAGCGCGUUGCCGACUCCCAAGAAGACGAGCUUCCGCAUAAAACACGCCAGCUGCAGGCCAAAGCUAGGAUGUCGGAACUCACGGCAGAGGCUGCGAUCAAGCUCGCCAAGGCGUCAGAGAAGGAGAUGGAGGUCGCAAGUACCAGAGCGGAAGCAGCUGAGAAGAUGGCAGAUGUCAUGCAGAUGCGUGCAGAGUAUGACCGCCGAGCCUUGGAGGAGUGGAUGGGAAACCAGUGUUCGUGA